CAGAGUUGUCUACAAAGGCUACUGGAAAUCGGGGAACUUGCACGUAAGUUCUCUUUCGCUGCUACUGGGAUGGACGACAAGUGAGGAUAGCUCACAAGACGAUGGAUGUACUGGCAGGGGCCUGGCUACCUUCACUGCGCUUAUGGCGAAGUGUACGAAGGCGACUUUGAGCGCGGCGUUCGCAGUGGCUAUGGCCGACAGACGUACUAUUGCCCCCAAAGUGGGAGAUAUCACGUCUACGUUGGCCAGUGGCGGGAUGACAAGCGCGAAGGCACGGGAACACUGACAGUGGUGAAUGGCGAUGUGUAUGAGGGGUGUUUUUCCAACGACAAGAAGCAUGGCAAGGGUGUGUUCUAUUACACAACCUCCAGGUGUAGAUACGACGGGCUGUGGAGGGAGGAUGUUGCGAUUUGCGGGACUUACUCGAAGAUGGAAUCCGACUACGAGUUUAAGACACCACUACCACACCUCGAGCUGAGAAAUGCCGAUACCUUCGCGAGCUGUCUCAUUGACAAAAUUGUCCAGGAUGACGGGCUCCAAAUUCUUUCUUGCUGAUCCAGUGAAGUUGAAGUUUUGUUUGUCUUUUUUUUUUUCUUACACUAGCGAUAUAUAGAUAUGCUUACAAACGAAAGAAAGAGAGAUUGAAGAGUA